UAAAUAUAAAAAGUGACGUACGUUCAAUGUUAUUGUUUAAUUGGACGAGGUAUGAUAUCCAACUAAAUCCCAAGUUAUCGAAGUGUUCACCGUAAAAAUUAUCGAACCUGCGUUUGAUUAGGGUUUACACUUCGGAACUCUGAAUUCUGAGCGGCAUGGGAAAGAAGGAGAAGUCGAAAGCCAAUGCAAGAGAGCACGAACAAGUCGGCGAAGCAACCGACAAUCUCGACGGCGCUUCCACGCCAUCACUCGUGUUCAGUAGCGAUGAUGAUGAUGACGAAGCCAAUCAAGAUCUGAGUCUCAGAAUCGUUGAAAAGGCCCUACGAGCGCGAGAGGCAAAGCUUGCAACAAACGACGCCGUUUUAAACGGCGUUGAUUCUUCUCUUGUUUCGCCAUCGCAGCAAUCUGAAUUCAAGGUGAUGCAAAGCGACGGCGUUUUGGAUGGGUCGAGUGGGAUCACUGCUUGGGAAAUGAUGGAAGAGAAGAAAACGACGAAGCUAAUGGUGGACUCUGGGUUUUCAAGUGUUAUUGUAGCUGCAGAUCAAGAGGUGGAAGAGAUAAUCAAAACUACAGAGAACCGUGAGUCCGUGGAUCUGGAAGCAAGUUCGGGUCAGAUAGGCGACAAUGUGGUUCUGCGAAAGCUGCUUCGGGGUCCAAGAUAUUUUGACCCUCCAGAUAGUAGUUGGGGAGCAUGCUAUAAUUGUGGCGAGGAAGGUCAUGCUACUGUAAACUGUACAGAAGCGAAGCGGAUGAAACCGUGCUAUGUAUGUGGUGGUUUGGGACACGUUGCAAAGCAAUGUACUAAGACGAAUUGCUAUAUCUGUAAGAAAGGUGGCCACCGUGCCAAAGAUUGUCCAGAGAAGCACAUGUCGGCACGUGUUCCUAAAAGCUUAACGGUGUGCUUGAAGUGUGGGAAUUCUGGGCAUGAU